UAAUUCUUCGACGUGUACAUCUCUCGCAUGUUUCCGUGCACUUCCGGGGAAGCAGUCCUGAUUCACUCUGCUCUUCAUUGCCUCGUUGGCUUAAAAUCCACAGCAGUCACACAAGACCAUCAGUGGUUCUAAAGGCUUUUUUGUUCUUGUACGGAGUUGUUUUUUUUUUUUACAGAACUCGGUCAUGGCCACUUCAGUAUCUGCACCGGUCCAGAGCGGCUCGGGGACUCCUUCCACUCCACAGAGAGGGAUUGUGAAAAUGGUCCUCUCUGGAUGUGCCAUCAUUGUAAGAGGCCAGCCACGAGGCGGCCCUCCUCCAGAGCGACAGAUCAACUUGAGCAAUGUGCGUGCGGGCGCCCUCGCCCGCCGUGCCACCCAGAGCCAGCCUGACACCAAGGACACCCCAGAUGAGCCCUGGGCUUUUCAGGCUCGCGAGUUCCUGCGCAAAAAGAUGAUUGGGAAAGAGGUGUGCUUUACAGUGGAAAUCAAAACCCAGCAGGGGAGGGAGUACGGAGCAGUGUACCUGGGAAAGGACACAUCAGGAGAGAACAUUGCUGAAUCGCUGGUUGCUGAGGGUCUUGCCACAGUCCGCAGAGAGGGUAUUAGAGGCACAAAUCCUGAGCAGGCCAGACUGUGUGAUUUGGAGGACCAGGCAAAAGCAGCUAAAAAAGGCCUGUGGUCUGAGGGUGGAGGUGCUCACACAAUUCGAGAUCUCAAAUACAGCAUUGAGAAUCCCCGCAAUUUUGUGGACUCCUCACACCAGAAACCAGUAAAUGCAAUUAUUGAACAUGUCCGUGACGGUAGUGUUGUGCGAGCUCUCCUGCUGCCUGAUUACUACCUCGUCACUGUGAUGCUGUCUGGAAUCAAAUGUCCAACAUUCAGGAGGGAAGCUGAUGGAACAGAGUCACCAGAACCAUUUGCAGCAGAGGCAAAAUUCUUCACUGAGUCCCGUCUGCUGCAGAGAGAUGUGCAGAUCAUUCUGGAGUCUUGUCCAAACCAGAUCAUCCUGGGUACCAUCCUUCACCCGAAUGGGAACAUCACAGAGCUGUUGCUGAAAGAAGGCUUUGCUCGCUGUGUGGACUGGUCCAUGGCUGUGUAUACCCAGGGAGCAGAGAAACUGCGGGCAGCUGAACGUUUGGCUAAAGAGCAUAAAGUCAGGAUUUGGAAGGACUAUGUUGCUCCCACUGCUAAUCUGGACCAGAAGGACAGACAGUUUGUGGCAAAGGUGAUGCAGAUUAUGAAUGCAGAUGCCAUUAUUGUGAAGUUAAACUCUGGUGAAUACAAAACAAUUCAUCUGUCCAGCAUUCGACCCCCCAGGAUUGAGGGCGAGGAGAAGAAUAAGGACAAAGACAAGCGAUUCCGUCCUCUUUAUGACAUUCCCUACAUGUUUGAGGCAAGAGAAUUCCUGAGAAAGAAGCUGAUUGGAAAAAAGGUCAACGUCACUGUCGAUUACAUCAGAGCUGCAACUACAAGCUCAGAAACAGGGCCCAUCCCAGCUUUUCCCGAGCGCACCUGUGCCACCGUGACUAUUGGAGGAAUAAAUAUUGCUGAAGCUCUGGUCAGUAAAGGCUUUGCUACAGUAAUCAGAUAUCGUCAGGAUGAUGAUCAGAGGUCCUCACACUACGAUGAGUUACUGGCUGCAGAAGCACGGGCCAUUAAGAAUGGGAAAGGGCUCCACAGUAAGAAGGAGGUACCCAUUCACAGAGUGGCCGACAUCUCUGGGGAGACCCAGAAAGCUAAGCAGUUCUUGCCAUUUCUGCAGAGAGCUGGCCGCUCUGAGGCUGUGGUCGAGUAUGUGUUCAGUGGCUCCAGACUGAAACUGUACAUGCCCAAGGAGACAUGCCUCAUAACCUUCUUGCUUGCCGGUAUUGAGUGUCCACGAGGGUCCCGAAACAUCCCAGGAAGUACACCUGAGCCGUUCAGUGAGGAGGCCACACUCUUCACCAAGGAGCUUGUGCUACAGAGAGAGGUAGAGGUUGAGGUGGAGAGCAUGGAUAAAGCAGGCAACUUCAUUGGUUGGCUUCACAUUGAGGGGGUAAACCUGUCUGUGGCUUUGGUGGAGAAUUCACUCUCGAAGGUUCACUUCACAGCUGAGCGAAGCUCCUACUGCAAAACAUUAAUGUCUGCUGAAGAUGUGGCCAGGCAGAGGAAAGACAAGAUUUGGGCCAAUUAUGUGGAAAAGCCUACAGAAGAGGUAGCGCAGCUGUCUGAAGAGAAGGAACGUGUAGCCAAGUACAAGGCUGUCUAUGUCACCGAAAUCACUGAUGGACUGCACUUCUUUACACAAGAUGUGGAGACUGGUGCACAGCUGGAAAGCCUGAUGGAGACUAUGAGGGCAGAGAUUGCAGAACACCCACCUGUGGAGGGUGCCUUCACCCCACAACGAGGGGACUACUGCAUUGCCAAGUUCACCGAUGGAGAAUGGUACAGAGCCCGAGUGGAAAGGGUUGAAUCUCCUGCAAAGGUUCACGUGUACUACAUAGACUAUGGCAAUAGAGAGAUGCUGUCUUCAGUUCGUCUAGCAGCUCUUCCUGCUGCAUUCGGUAUCCGGACCCUUCCUGCGCAGGCCACAGAGUACACCUUUGCCUUUAUCCAAGUCCCACAAGAUGAGGAUGCACGGGCUGACGUGGUGGACUGUGUGGUGAGGGACAUCCAGAACACACAGUGUCUGCUAAACGUGGAGUACGGUGGUGCAACUUGCCCUCAUGUCACUCUGCAGUUCACUGACUCCAAAGAUGAUGUGGGCCUUGGUUUGGUGAAAGAGGGUCUGGUCAUGGUGGAUGUGCGCAAAGAGAAACACUUGCAGAAAAUGGUGACUGAAUAUCUAAAUGGCCAGGAGUCUGCAAAGAGUGCCAGGCUCAACAUCUGGCGCUAUGGAGACUUCAGAGCCGACGAUGCAGACGAGUUUGGAUACAGACGCUAAGUCCUAAGAUGUUAUGGAAGACGCAUUAAACGGAGAGACAACAGGAAAAUAUUUCAACAAUUUUAUUCUUGGUAUCAUUAAAACGUUCACCUCAUUUGUUCACCAUGCUUGGCGCAUUUAGUCUUUUCUGCUCUCUCUUUUUUUUUUUUUUUUUAAGUGAGUACAGAAUUUACAUGAAGAUGCGUAUAAGGACCAAUUGACCAGAAUAUUUUAGCCAAUUUUACUUCAAUCUCCAUGAUUCCUGUAGAAUUUACAGUCGGACAUCCUCACACUUUAUUGUACAGCUUCAGUAAGAGGUUUUUGCACAUCUUCCUGAGAAAAUGCUUCCUUAAUUAUGAAAUAAUUUUCAAUUUAUGAAUUUAUAUGGAUAUUAUUUUGAAGUUAGGUAAGCACACUCAAAAAGAGACUAAUGAGUGUAUUUUUUUAUGUAUGAGUGUUUUGUGUAAGGAAUGUUUUUCUCUGUAUGGCAAAAAAAGGAAAGCUGCCAAUGCCUUGACAAGCAUUUGUUCAAUUUCUCUACAAUAUAACAGUAGUUUCUUUGUGUCCUCCAUGUAUCUCACUCUCUUCUACCAUAGCAUAAACUAGUGUUUGAAAUAAUUUCCUUCCAAGAUAAACUUGGUCAUUGUAUUUAAAUCUGCUAAAUAAAAAGGAGCAAUGUCA